AUGGAUAAUAGGUAAGGUAUAGAGAUGGAGGAUGAAUUUUAUGCAUUGUAGAGUCCUUAAAACUUGCUUUAAAAGAUUGAUUGCUUUGUGACUUUAGGUCAAUUUGAUUUGGAUGAAGAUGAAAAUGAAAACUUUCCCCAACACAUUUAGAUUGAGCAGCCAGAGAUUAACAAUUUUAGGCUGCAUAAAUUUUUUAAUGCUGAACCUGAAGUCAAUUAAUUUGUUCAAAAGCAAUAAGAGGUCCAACAUGAACCAAGGAUGAAACCUCAACGUAAGAUGUCUCAGAGUUUACCCUCAUUUAUGGAAGAGAUAGACACUCUGAUUUCUUAGGCAAUCGAGAGAUAAAAUGGAUUCUUAGAAUAAUAAAAAUAUAAUGAUGCAUUAAAUAAUAUUGAUAAUUUUACGUUUUUAGAGCAAUCUCUUUCUUAGCCUCAAGUCUUCAAAUCCUUUUAUUCUCAAUACAUCCGAACAAUCAACAAGUUAAGGAUGUAUAGAUAACAAAAAAGGUUGGAUGUUAAGCAAUUCAUGGCAUUUGUAUGUUCUUUAGGGAUUGAGUUCAUUUAAGAAAUAUUUAACUUAAUUCACAAGGCAGAUAGUUCAUGGUGCUUUGAGCUGCUCAAAUAAGAAGGUCUAACACAAUAAAUUCAAAAUGAAAAUCAAUAUCAAACUUUUUCAGAUUUUAAAUUACAGAAAGCCUAAUUCCAGUAGCCUUACUAAUAAAAGCAACAAUAAUAGCAAUAGCAAUAAUAAUAAUAAUAAUAGAUCGACUCUAACAAUGAAUAGUUCCAAUAAUAAAAAUUAUAGUAAAAUUAUUAGCCUUCGAAUUCUAAUUCAUUUCAUUAAUAAAGUGCGUUAAGCAUUGUAAAUGAGGCAAUUGAAAAGAAAGGAAGAAAAACUUGGUCAAAUAAAGAAAUGGAAACCUUGCAAAAUUUUAUAAAUACUUAUUAAAAUAGUUCAAUUACUAAUUAAUAGAUUUAAGCCUUAUCAAAAUAGUUGGGGAGAACAUGGUAUUCUGUUUAAUCAAAAAUACAGAAAUUAAAGAAAAAUGUCUAGGAUCAAAUGAGUGAUGUGAGAAGUUAGAGCAUGAAGGAUGAUCCUUCAAAGGAAUAAUUAAAAAUGUAAAGAAUCAGCACUAAAUAUGAUUACACUGUGGAAGAUAUGAUCAAGAUAACCCUGUAAUAAUUGGAUGGAAGAUGUGGCACCAAAUAGAAGAUUAUAGAAUCUAUAAAUCAAAAUUUCUUUAAUGGAUAACUAUCUGAAGACUCAGCUUGUUUAAGAUCAAUCUCAAUAACUCUCUCUAAUAAUCGGAGCUAAUUUAUUCGGAAGAUAAAGGGCUAUUUUGGUCUUAACGAGAACUUUUAAGAUAGAGGAGAGGAUGACAAUAAAAUGAGGAAUAAGUUAGUAUGGAUUCUAUAAAAUCUACCAGAACAAAGAGGAACUCUAUAAUAAAUAGUUGCAUCCUAUACUGAAAACGCAUUUCUAGAUGAAGUGAAUCUUAAGAAGUUAUAAAAAUAGAUUAGCUAAACUUUAAGACUAAGCAAUCGCUUUGACAAAAGAAAUGCAAAAACCAUAUACAAAAUACAAGAAUGA